AUGAAUAGUUUCUCCUUUGAUGGUAAGGAUGGAGAUAUAGAUACCAUUUUUAACGAUGAGGAUGAAUUGAUUGCUAGGGUUAGUGAAGAUUCAAGAAAUAAAGAUAGGUGCAAAUCGUUGUUAAAUGUACCGACUGAGAAUUUACCAAUUUUUGCUACGGAGUCUCAAGCUAAGGUUAUAGAAUUUCCUCCGGAGAUGAAUAAGAUACUAGUUGUUAAGGCUGGCCCUGGAAGUGGUAAAACUAGUACUAUUGUUAAGAGAAUCGCGUACUUAAUAAGUCUUGGACAGUUAAAACCAGAUGAAAUUUUGGUGCUUUCUAUGGCAAAUAGAUCGGUAAAUGCAUUAAAAAAAUACCUUAUCAAUACUUUAGGCGAGGAUCUAACCAAUGGCAUUAGUAUAAAUACAUUUCAUUCCUUUUGUGGGGGUUUAGUAGAUCAGUAUGGGGAUCAAUAUUCUUCAUCAUUUAAGAAAAAGACAUUAAUGGAUGAUUUAAGCUGGAGGAGCUUUUCUAAUAUAUUUCUGGGAAAAUCUAUUAGCUUGAGUGGUAGGACAGUUGAAGGCAAUUUGACCCCACCGUCAUUAGAAAAAUUACUUAUUUCAGUGAAAAGUGGAAACUUAACUAUACCGCAGGCGGCUUACAAGUAUAAGGUUAGCAAGGAGUAUAUAGAGGCGUUGAUUAUGUAUUUGGAAAGCAAUGGAAUGAUAAGAUAUCAUGAUUUGCUUGUAAAUGCAUUGGAGCUUAUGGAUUUAUCAUUACAACCACAAGUUGAAGGAAGUAAGAACUUAAUACCUCAGCUAAAAAAUUACAAAGCUGUAAUUGUCGACGAGUUCCAAGAUAUUCACCCGCAAUUAUUACUGGUAGUUAAAGCGGUCAUCGAAUACCCUACAUCUGGCUUUGACAAGGGAGACAUAAAACAUUUAACGAUUGCAGGUGAUCCUAAUCAAAGUAUUUACGAGUUUUUAGGCUCAAGGCCAGAAUUAAUUCACAAAAUUCAACUUGAAAUACCAGGUACUGAAGUUAUUCAACUCCCUAUAAAUGAGUCCUUUCGUAUUACUCCAGAAAUAUUGAAUGCAGUUACAGAAAUUUGCUUAAAACCAGCCGGAUUAUAUGACCCAUCUCAUGAACUUAGAUCCAUUCGUGAUCAUGGUUACAAACCAAUUAUCAGUAAGCACACUUCAAAUAGAGACGAAUAUGCUUUCAUAGCCAGUGAAAUUACAAGACUAAUUUGUGAACUGGGUGGGUUAUUAAAACCAUCUGAUUUUGCAAUUCUUACAAGAUCUAAUAAAGAAAUAGAAGAAAUAUCAAAGUUCUUGACGCAAACUUAUAAUAUUAAGUGCAAUAGAUUUUCGCUGUCAGCAUUGUGGAUUAAAUCCAAGGUACAUAUUUUACUAGAUAUUUUAAAUGUGAUAAAUAAGGGUCCUAGCUCAGACUUUGGUUUAUUAUGUGUCAUAUCGAUUUUAGACCAAAAAUUUGGAAGCUCUUCUAGAAUAUCAAAGCUAUUCAACUUGAGUAACAAAUGGAAAAUAAGUACCGGACUACAAACUAAAGAAAAUGCAUUAGAAGAAUACAUGAUACAUCAAUUGGAGCUACUAGAUAUACAAGCUGAAAAGAAAGAAGUUACUGCUAACAAGAAUAAAAAUUCGUUGUAUGAUAUUAAGAAUAUUUACAAACUACCCAAAUAUAGUGACGAAGUUUUACGCCUAAAGUCAUUUAUGGACUCGAUUCAGUCCGUAAGAAGGGAUUUGGUUCAAAACAAUCAAGAUUUACAGAAUCCGACUCGAAUCUUGAGUUCAUUACUACGCGUGCUUACAGAACUGGGGUUGCUAGAAUAUCUAAACUUGCCAGAAUUGUCGAAAAAGCGUAGUUCCAAACACCCGGACAGUAUUGAUGUGGAGAAAGACUAUAAAAGAUUAUUGAGAUCAUAUUUGCAAGCUUUCAAUAAGUCUUUAAAAUAUUCAUAUGAAUGUUAUAUGGAACAGAAUCCACUGAAGAGAUCGGAGAAGCUGUUUAUAGAAUACUUUUUGCGAAGUUACAAUGACGAGGUUCCAACCAUGGAUAGAGAAAUGAUUAAUCUUUCUACUGUACACACUGCGAAAGGAUUAGAAUUUCCAGUGGUAUUCGUUGCCGGAGUAGCGCAGAAUCCUAAAUCACUGUCAUUUUGGGAUUCACUUCUCCUAGACCCGCUGGAAACUCAUGCACAAAGCAAGGCAAGAUUAUUCUAUGUUGCAUGUACAAGGGCAAGGAAUUUGUUAUAUAUUGGAACGAAUAAGCACUUUGAUACACUUCUGCCCAAUGUUAUCAAAAGUUUAACUUCUGAAUUACCGAACAUGAAGUCGGUUCUUAAUACUAAAAACAAUUUAUUAGAAAGCCUAGCACAAGAUUUGCAUAGAAAAAUACCAGAUUCCUUGAAGAUAAAAGAAGGAAAACAAUUAUAUAACGAGUUCACGUCACUUGGGCUACUUCAAAGGAAGUCUACAAACCUAAGUCAAAUUAGACAACUCCAUACAUUUCGGAAUAUCAAACCUAAACUCUAUAAAUCACUUAUCAAAUUUAACGCAUUCAUAACUAGGAGAUAA